UUAAGCCACGCCCCUCACAGUGCCGACGCCGUUACGCGCUGUCGCACUUGCUGUGCGUCUUCUGCGUCAGGUCUUGAGUGGAGUUAAUUUUUUUUUUUGUUUUAAUUCCGAAGCCACAUUGUUUUUUUUUCUGCACUUGAUUUUUCUUUUAAAUUUUACACCGUUACUGCUUGUGUGCACGUGUGUGUGUUUUUUUUUAUUUGAGAAUGUCCGACCCUCCUAUCCGCGGCCAAUGGAAAAACCCUCGGGAUUCCCUCCAGUAGUUCAUGUUAUUAUCGGACUAAACAUCAAAAAAAUAUAAACAGACAGACAGACUGACACGGAGAAGAAAAGGUGAAGAGCGUCGAGGGACCCCAGUCGCAUACGGAGAGCCCUGCCCCUCUUGUCCCUCCCCGCGAGGCCUACAACUCCGGCGGUAGCCAGACUCCGGAGCCCAGUAUUUCUUCACACAGGCACGGCUGCCUGCCCGGCUGGCUGGGCGGCGCACGCACGAGUGAUUCAUCAUACUGAAGAAACUAAAUCCUGAAGAAAGAGAAAAUCCAGGGAGAAGGACAAAGGAAAGGGUAAAGCCUUUGGGAUGUUAUAGCGAAGAUUUGCAUUCUUUUCCCUUCCCUUUCCCCCAGUGGAAGGUCAGUUUGGAAGAUUUGGUGGUUUUACUCUUCCUGAAAACAUGUGAGGCCCCUUCAACUCUUACCAAUUUGGAUUUGAGUGUUUUAGCCGACUUGGGAAAGCUGCUGCGUUGGAUGUGUGUGCGUGUGGGGUGACCAUGAUGUUCCGAGACCAAGUUGGCAUCCUAACUGGUUGGUUCAAAGGCUGGAAUGAGUGUGAACAAACAGUGGCUCUCCUGUCUCUUCUGAAACGUGUCAGUCGGACUCAGGCCCGUUUUCUGCAGAUCUGCCUCGAACACUCGCUGGCCGAAUGUACUGAAAUCCAUAUCCUUGAGAAUGAGGCAAACAGUGCUGCAAUUGUUAGCCAAUGGAACCAGGAGCCCAAGGAGAAGGUGGUCUCUUUACUUUUAUCUCACCUCCCGCUUCUUCAGCCACGCAACUCAGAUGCCAAAUGCGAGUAUAUGAAGCUGCUACAAAAGGUGCUCAGCUAUACAAUCGAAAGCAACCUGUUUGUGGAGGAGAGUCGGCAGCUGCUCUCUUAUGCCCUCAUCCACCCUGCGACUACUCUAGAGGACCGCACCUCUUUAGCCAUGUGGCUUAACCACCUGGAAGAGCAUCUGUCCAGCAAUUACUCGGGACGUGCCUCCUCCUCUGCCUACCACCCUCGCCAAGCCUCUGACGAGUGGACUAAUCAAUCUGACCUCAUGGACCCAGGCCAUGGAUGGCAGGAAAAGUCUGGUACCACGGGACAGAAUGGCCACUUGCCCUUUCAUGUGUCAUCCUCAGUGCCGUCAGCAAUGAACAGCAUUGGAAGCAAUACGAAUACUGUUCUACCAAGCCAAAUCCAUCCUAGCCCUCUGAAACGGUCCAUGUCCCUGAUCCCCACCAGCCCACAGGUUUCUAGCACUGAGUGGAUCAGCCAGGAGGACCUGGGCAUCCGAACGCCGUACGUUUCUUCAGAUCACGCUCCUCUGUCACCGCAGAGCAGUGUGGCUUCUUCAGGCAGUGAGCAGACUGAAGAACAAGGAGCCAGCCGAAACACCUUUCAGGAAGAGGGCAGUGGUAUGAAAGAUGUCCCGACAUGGCUAAAAAGUCUUCGGCUUCAUAAAUAUGCAGCUCUGUUCUCCCAGAUGACAUACGAGGAAAUGAUGACACUCACGGAGCAACACCUUGAGUCACAGAAUGUCACAAAAGGAGCUCGGCAUAAAAUAGCUCUAAGUAUCCAGAAACUGAGAGAGAGACAAAGCGUCUUGAAGUCUUUAGAAAAGGAUAUUCUUGAAGGGGGUAAUCUUCGAAAUGCACUUCAGGAGCUGCAACAGAUAAUAAUUACACCUAUUAAGGUAUAUAGUCCACCACAGACGUCUCAGAAAGAGAGUGACACCACAUCACAGCCUUCAGACAAAUCUGGAAAACCAGCAGAUGAAAAGGAUUCUACAGCUGAGGUCUUUUCGCCCCCAAACUCCUCUCAUUGUGAUGGUGAGCCCUCAGCAAUGCCAAUACCAGAAGGAGAUAUAACGGGGCAGUUUACAAGGGUGAUGGGCAAAGUGUGCACGCAACUCUUAGUAUCAAGACCAGAUGAAGAGAACAUCAGCUGUUACUUGCAGCUCAUAGAAAAGUGUCUAGCACAUGAGGCUUUUACUGAAACUCAGAAGAAAAGGUUGCUGUCUUGGAAGCAGCAAGUCUUGAAACUACUAAGAAUGUUUCCUCGGAAAGCCAUGCUUGACAUGCCAAGUUACCGACAAAAAGGGUGGACAUAUGGGUCAAAUUCUCUUCCUACAGCAGGCUCUGUGGGAGGUGGGUUAGGACGCCGAGGACAACGACAGUUUCAAAUGCCUUCCCGUGGGCUGCCACCCAAUCGUAUGGCCCUCAUGAGUCCUUCUGGCAUUGGGGGUGCUUCACCUAGGCACACAUUAACUAGUCCUGCUCUUGGAGGGCAGGGCAGGCAGAAUUUGUGGUUUGCCAACCCAGGAGGGAGCAACAGCAUGCCAAGUCAGAGCCGCAGCUCGGUCCAGAGAACACACUCUCUACCCGUCCAUACGUCCCCCCAAGCCAUGCUCAUGUUCCAGCAGCCAGAAUGCCAGGUUCCAGGAACAGAUUUGGAAAUUAAUCCCACGCUGGAGUCACUGUGCCUCAGCAUGACAGAGCAUGCAUUAGGAGAUGGAAUGGAUCGGACGUCAACGAUCUAAAAAAGAAGGUGCCCACAGAAGAAAAUGAGCUACACUUUAUAUAAAAAUAAACACUUUUGAGUCCUGCACGGCUGCCCAACACAGGAGCUUGAGGACAUUCACCCUUCAGAGUACAGAAAAUGGUCACUACAGAAAAGGAAAAAAAAACUGUGUAUAUGUUCUCUGAUAUUUUUCUACUUUAUUAUACUUAAUAACUAAGGUUUAUUAUAAAAAUACAGAUUACUACAAUUUAAGAGCAAACUGCAGCAGAGAGAGUGAGUUUGAAUACUCUGAUUUAACAUGAUUAGUAAUUCAAUAUAUACAUUAUUGUCUCCUAUGAAAUGAGGUAAUUAUAAAAUAUAUAUAUAUAUAUAUAUAUAUAUAUAUAUAUAUAUAUAUAUAUAUAUAUAUAUAUCUCCACAGCUGUGCCCCAAGGUUCCUGGCAGUGUUAGUACAUUGUGCUGGUCAUAAACUGUGAGGUAUGGAAAACAAGGCCAUACUUGUUAAGAGAGCAAGUGCCAUUUAAAUAUGGUGAAAUAUCUUACGUGUUUAUGGUGCUUUUAAAAGUUGAUAACCCUGAGUAUUCUAUUUAUUUUUCUCCUCACCUCAGAUUGUGUGCUUCCCCAUUUGUGCAUUACAAAAAGAUAUCAGAGGCCAAACAGGCCGACUCUUGUUUGCAUUUUGGUUGCAUUUGGUUUUCAGCCCAUCUUUCCUAAUGUCUAUCUUUGUACUGAUGUGUCCCUUGUUCAUUACUAGGAUGUGGCUUCUUGACGUCAAACAAGUUCGCAUUUUUUUUGUUACACAGUAGAGUUUAAAGUCAGGUGUUUCAUGCCCUUUAAAAUCUACCUUCUGACACACACAAAUCACCAUACAUCAGUUUUCCUCUUUGCAAUUUUGGUUAUUAGGUAUAAAUACAUCUCAGUCUUUAAAUCUAAAAAAUAAGAGAUCAAAACUUUAUGCAGAAACAAAUUCUGUUGGCUUGCUGGUGACCCACUGCAUGUUGAUUGACUUUUGAAUUGAAUCUUCUUUUUGCAGUUGUAGGAUGCAUCAAGCCACUGGGGUAAGGAGUACACUUAAAGUGGUGUUAGUUGGGCAUCUUUGUUUAGUGCAUGUUUUUAAAGAGCAGUACUUGAUAUGACAGUUGCCUGGUCAAAUUCUGAGGUCAGUGUUAGUUAUUUUUUGGCAAGUUGUACUUGUUUGGUAGCAAGAACCCAAUGGUUACUUAAACGUUAACCCUUACACAGAUGAUUAGUUUAGUUGGCAUGCUUUCAUCAUUAUGAAUUUUAAAUUAUUUUAAUUGUAUAGAAAUCUUUUUCCAUAUUAAUUUUUGUUUUGUGUUUUUGAACAGUUUAAAGAAAUUUCUGUUCAAUAUCUUCAUAGAUGAUUGUUUCUGUCUAUACACAAUUUCACUUUUGGUGAGACUUCAGUAAAUAACUACCUGUUCAGUUCACAGAUUUCUCCUUAGCCAGUGUAUUUUGUUUUAUAUAAAGAAGCCCAGGGAGAACACCCUGUCACCUCAUUUUCCGUAUCAUUUUUCUAUGGGUUCACUCUGAGCUUUUUUACUACACUUGAAACUGGGAGGAUCUGAUUCCUGUACUGCUUCAGCCAGCUGUUGAUUGCAUUUGUCUGAAAUGUUGAAGUUAAUAGCUGAGUUUUAACAAGAAGCCCAUCAUUUAGCAUCCACCCAGUUAAAAAGAAGCAUUGUUUGUCACAUAAAUCUGCAGUUCUUAUUCAGUCCCACUGCCCACCUCACAUGAUGCAGUAUAAAUUAGAAUGUGUCAGUCCUAUAGAAACUACAUCUCAGAAGCAUUUUGUAUGUGUGCUAAACAAAGCAUCUUUCCAGAUCUGUGACUUCCCCACAACAGCGCUUAAAGCUUUGUGCCCACCUCUGUUCAACUGGAUGCUAGAGGCUGACUCGUCAGGGUUUGUUUUUUUUUUUUUUUUCUUUUUCUCUUCCUUUAAGAUGGUCAAAGUGAGGUCCACAGGUGUUGUGUGUUGAGGUGAUGCUGUGCAAAGAGAAGGCUUCAAUUCAUUGCACUGCAGUAGUGAUGUUGAAUGCUCAGGUUUUCCCAUUUAAUAGAGAGGAGUGGGCCAUUGGAGUGGUCACUUGUGGGCAGAAGAAUUUGUGUAAUGACUGACUAGAAUCUUAUACAAAAGUGUACCUCUGUUUUAUUUCUGCAUUUCUUUCCAUGACAUAUGCAACAAAUAAUGAAAUCAGACAUUAGUGUCCAAUGCAAAAGCCUCUAAAUGCUUCAAUUUAGAUAUCUUUAUGUCUGCUGCUGCAUUUUUAUUGCGCGUGGUAAUUUCAGAAAUCUGCUGCUUUUACAUUUGGCCAUUAUUCAGGAGGAAAGGUAGCCAUGAUGUGCAAAUAAAAACUUCAUAAAUGUGAAGUUGCAUGAAAUUAUUAUGCAUGUCUUGUUUUAAAAGUUGCAUUUAAGCAGAUUAUUAUCAGUGAAGGGGAAAUGUUGUUAUCCAUUUCAAAGUUCCAGAAAUCAGUUGAGAUGUCAGGUGGUGUAAGGUGAAUAGGAAUGUAGUUUUUGAGAGACAGCAGCAAGUUGAUUUGAGGGAAUCACCUUGUGGACACACACACCUACUGUUUUUACACGUGUCAUUUGUGGGCUUUGUUUCUUGUUCAGUCUGUUUUUCGUACACCAUCUAAUCCCACCUCUGUCUUGUGUAGUGGCAAAUAAAUAAAAAAUAAAAAAAACUUCUGCUUCAGUGGUUGCAGACCAGUUACCACAUUAGCCGUGUUUUUUAGUCUGUAUUUCAUACACAUAGGCUAUCCCCCUAUCACCCCCAGGUGUAAUGCUAAUUACUUUUAACAGGAACCCUCAUUGUGGUUUUGCACAAUUCUUUUGGGGUAACUAGCAUCAUUUCUUUUUAUGUGUGUGGACAUCUGAUCUUGCAACACAGAUAGACAUUUUAUAUGCGUUAAUGGCAAAUUCAGGAUGGUUGUACUGCCGCUAUGGACUCAAAUGUACUUGUAGAUUUUGCAGUCUUUGAUAUGUCCCCUAGAGUGAGAUCAGUGUAGUAAACAGUGUUUACAACAGCUAACACACGGUGUGCCCAAUUAGUUUGUGUGGUAUUUCACUCUGAACCUUAAACCCAGAGCAGAGCUCUCAGUGCCUUCACUUACCAGAGAGUAUGAAACUGUGAAUAUACAUCACAAUCAACCUGCACACGCAUCACUGUGCACCAAUUCUCCUGCUCCCUCUGUGUCUCAGUUCUGAUAGGCGACAGUGCUUUUAUGGGCUUUGGAAACAGUCAAGUGAAGAGAAGGCCCGAUUUACCUUUACAGGGUGCAAAAGACAAGAGAACCAAAUGUGAAACAUAAAAAUAAUUUGGUAAGGAAAAGUAACUUGCACCUAAACCAGUCUACCGGGAGCCUCUGGGCAGCUUAGCUUCUUGCCCAGUUCUUUGACUCUGUGAUAUGCUACUGACCUUUAUUUAUAACUGGACUGCUGGAGAUGACCGCUGUUGUGUGUGCAUGUGAGUAGCACUCUUGCUCAAUAUAACAAGCCACGAUUUUUUCACAUUUGUCAUUUUUUCCAUAACACACUGAACUCCAAUGGCAGCAAGUCUCUGCCUGAGCUCGGGACACUAGAGCAGUUUGCUCACUUCUUCUUUCUUCAUUCUCUAUAUCUUCUCCGCCAUAGGGGAGUCUGAGCCAGACAAUGUGUCUGAAUAGUUCCACAAAGCCAGAGACAGGAAUAAAAUAGUAGAUUAAAUAAAAGCUGAAAAUGCCAUUGGUAAAAAAGCUGUGAAACUGCCAGGCCGCUGCCAGCUUCUCCUCCUUGGUAAGAGGAGCUCCUUUGUGUUCCCUUAAAACAUUUCUUUAUUUUUGGCUACUUGUGACCGUCGAGUGUGUUUGUGUGUGUGGUGUGAUGCCUACAACUACCUCAUUGACUCCAGACCAUCCUCAUCAGUUUCUAAAUGCAGAAAUUGGCACAGACGACAUAGCAGGAGGGAGAGAGAGGCUGAGUUCACUUCUGUGUAAAAGCAGGCAUGCAGGUUUAAGAUUUUGUGUGUUGCAGGCCCUUUGCUGAAAAGAAAGGGUUUGGUUUUUGUGUUCCACUUAGUCAUAUGUUCAACUAUGAAAUCUCAAAACAUUUUAAAAAUGCAUCUUUCUGGCUGCUUUUGUACUGCACAAAGUUGUGUGUGUGUUUUCCCCAGCAGUUAUUGCCUUCAUGAAAUUGAAUUUUUGGUAAAAGCAAAAGAUGGAAGUAUAAAACAUUCACUAGGAGACACCUGCAAAGUAUGUAUGGAGACAAUAGUUAGCUAUUUAUUUCUACAAAAAUUAAAAACAAAGGUCCUCUUAAAAAAUAGAUAUGUUAUUUUAGAUACAUUUUAUUAAAAAUAACUUUUGUUAUUGCUAUGGCUGGUAACCAUGAGUACAUUACAAAACUAUUGUGUAGUCGCUUGGUUUGUUUUUGCUUUGCUUUGUAAAGGCAAGUGAGCAUAAAAGUAUUAGUCUUUUUUUUUUCUAUGUAAAAGCUGUGCUUAUUUUGUAAUUUUAUUUUGUUAUUGUUUGUACCUAAGGUGGGGUGGGAGGAGAAUGGGGGGAACUUCAAGCUGCCUUUACAUUGACACUAAUGCAACUUGUAAGAAUUGAGAAAAUGAGCUCUAGGGCAUGGCUUUCUGUUUUGGAAUUAUCAGGAGUGUGUGUUCACUUGGGACACUGCUUCUCUGACGAUGAGAUUGGGAGGGUGGGAGGGUAUUUGUGUGAACCUUUGGACUCUUUGAAACAACAGCUUUGUAAGCAUGAAAAGUCAACUGUGGCAUCUCCUCCUUUGUUUACUGUGUGUGGCUGUAUCAGCUGUAAAUGAGGGUUGUCGUUCCAUCAGUCCUUUGACUCCCUUUUCUCUGUUGAUGCCGUCUCUCAUUGUUGGACUCUUUGCUUUUCACACAUUCAUAUAUGUCAGCUUUAUAUUGCUUGAUUUGUUGUUAUGUCCUUCAUUUCAUGGCAGGUUAUCAGUUUGUGGAUUCUUGCAUGUUGUUUGAUACCUUUUCAUUACAAAAUAAGGUUUCAUUGUACAUUAUCUAAAACAUUCCCUCCUUCACCAGGUUUCAGCAGAACACCACUCUUAAUUGUGCAAAAAGUCACUAUUAUUUUACCUUCAAGUGAAAUAUCACAUUCAUUAAAAUAUGCCUCAAAUGAAUGGCACUCACUAGGGUCAUCAGAGUGGAACACUAUACUAGAAUGAAUUCAUAUGAUGAGUAAAUUAAGUGAGAGAAUGGCAGCCCUGGGUCAUCUGAUGAGCGCUUGAAUUCUCAAAAUCGUCAUUUCCAGGUGAAGGGUUGCUUAAUUGCAGACAUUUUUACUUAGUGAACUCAGAAUUUCGCCAGUCAUGUUUCCUCUGUUGUUAAGAUGACCCCACCAGUGACAAAGUGUGUUGUGUUUUUUUUAUCAGUCCUUUACCACACAACUGUGAACAUGAAUUGAAACUCUGUAGCCAGAUAGCUUCUCUGACAGAGACUUACUCUCCUGGGUUUUAGUUAUUUUCCUUUAAUUACGUAUGAUUGGAUAAUAGGAUGCCAUUAGUUAUAGACAAAGUGCAGGUUAAUGAUGGCACUAUACAUUGAUGUACCAUCACUGGACUUCACUUAACUUAGAGAACAUAAUUAAACCAAAGCAAGAAAGGUUUUAACAUCAUAUUUCUUCUUUUAGCAGACUUCAAUGUUUUUGCAUAGAAGAUGUUAGAGCAACAUGUUUGUAAAUGGGCUUUUCAUUCUUUCUACUGCUGUUUUUCUUCCAAAGGUUUAGGAACACUAAUACUAGGGGUGGGUAAAUGCGGGGGGGGGGGGGCCUUGAAUAUUAGUGUUUGUUGAUUUCCAUUAUUUAAAAAGAAAAAAAACACCCUUCUGUGUAAAUGCAGCUUUAUGUUGUGUUUUGUACUGGCUUCAGGUACAGAGCUCUGUCCUCAUUAUUCAGAAUUAUUUAUAUACCUUACAGCUGCAUGCAGAUGAUAUAAUUAAAAAGAUCCAACCUAUUUAAGAAA